UCAGCGGCAGCGUGGUCAUUCCGAUUGCAGUCUUCGGGCGUGCAGGUUGUGUGCAUCCGGUUCGCUCCUUGUUCCUGCCGCUCGCUUGUUGUUUGUGGCACCUUUUCCCUCCACCCUUCCCCCCGUCGCUACAGUGCGUUGCGGGUGUUGUGAUCGAGCUUGUACGAUAUAGUUUGUGAUUUUCGGGGUGGCGAUAUCAAAAAAAGGAAAGUGAAACAAAAGUGAAAAGUGUGUGAUAAAGUCCAUACUUUUUGGGGAGUUUAUUGAAUUGUGAGCGCGCGCGCGUGUGUGUGGGCGAGAGGUAGGAAAUGGAUGACAAUUUCCACAGCAUCGAUCGUGUCGCGUAGAUUUUGAUGGGCGAGCGAAGUGUACAGGAAACGGAAAACGCAACACAGAGUGACCAAAUAUUGAAGUGCUAAGCGAAAGUGAUUACAGCACUCAUCUUCGCAUUGUAACAAGAGUGUGUGUCUGUGUAUUGUUGUGUGUGUAUUUGUUUGCGGCAAGUGUGAUAAUAUUCGAGUUUAUUUUCCUCCUUCUUCUUCCUGUUCACGACCAUCUCCACAACAGUGCGCGUGUGUAUGUGUGUGUUUACUCUUAAAGCGCCGCCUGGUUGUGUAACAUAACAAUCUCUUUCCAAUUGAAUGCUUUUGCCUGGUUAAGACGAGCUCGCAAAGAGAAAACGUAACCCGUAGCAACGGAAAGUGGCCAAACGGGGCCGUCAGUUUUGUGUUGUUAAAUCAAAGGAGGCACAAUAUUCUCGCUGUGCAGCAACAAAACAGCUCGACAAUGAAGCGCACCAGGAUCUGGUCGGGAUGGAGCAUCAGCGUGGUGUUGGUAGCUCUUCUGCAUUGUAGCGCCACCGGUGGGCAGGAGGUGAACGUGUCGCUUGCGCAGCCAGAAGGAACCAACCAAAGCAUCAACUUCUCGUUCGAUCGGUUGAUACUGCUCGAGGAAAAGCUGACCGUGUUCGACAUCAAGCGCAUCGCCAACGGGUGGAGCACGCUGCGGCCCCGUCUUAGCGGCACGUGCGGCGAUCAGAUGACGCAGUAUCUGAUGGGUCUACAGGAGGAGAAGCUUUGGGCACUAAAGAUGGAUGACUCAUCGGGCAAGUAUACGAAAGGGUUCUUCUGGGGCAACAACUACUGGACGGGCUCGAUGGACCAGUGCUCGUACAUAUACCAGAACGAUAGCGACACCGACCCGGCACCGAAGAAGAAGGGCCGCAACACGGACAUUACCUACAUCAACGGCAACUUCCUCGGUUCGUCCGAGAUGGAGCACCAGAAUCCUCCGUUCGUGCCCGGCUUCUAUAUGGCGAAAAUUCUCAUCAACGGCACCGAAUCAUUCAAUGCGAUUCGUACCGUCGUGGUGGGACUUUGUCUGCCGAGUGGUUGCAGCAUUGCCGAUGUCGAAACACUGCUCAAACUGGACAUCGAUCGGCGGCACGUUGAUCAGGAGCUGGUUGGUGUGCGAUCGCCCACGUUGAACAAUUUCUCGCUGUGGGACGAUUUUACCUUCCGGAUCUUAUUCGUCUUUUCGGUGAUCGUCGUGAUCCUGCUGAUCAGCGGUACCGGAUAUGAUCUUGUGCUGCGCCGCCGCUACAAAGCCAAGAUGCGCAUCAAGAGCUACUGCAAGGAGCUGACCGGGGAUAUGACGAACGGGUUGGGCUGCACGACGUACGAUCUGACGCACCGCGAGCCGGAAGAGAACGGCAAAGGUAACUGCACGGUUAUCCGAGUACCGACGAGCGUUAACAAUAACAACUCCGAUGAGAACCUUGCCGUGGAGCUGACCGCAACGGAGGAAACCAAGUUGAGUUUGUGGGCCGAGCUGCUCCUAUCAUUCUCGGUGGUGACCAACUUUAAGGCGAUCUGUGACAAGAAUGUCGGAAACGAUACUAUUCCCUCCAUUCACGGUCUUCGUGCCAUCUCUAUGGCGUGGGUCAUUCUGGGCCACACGAUGAUCGUCGUGUUCAAGUACUCUGACAACAUGGAGCUGCGCAAGGUGGUGGAGAAAGAGUUCCUGUUCCAGAUCGUGCUGAACGGGGCGUACAGUGUGGAUACGUUCUUCUUCAUCAGUGGAUUCCUCGUGUCGUUCAUCUACUUCCGCACGAAUGCGAAGGGUAAGCUGGAAAAGCUGACCAAGGGUGUGAGCGAGUUUACGGCCGGAACGUUCCACUUCUUCGGACUGGUUGGUUAUCGUUUUGUGAGAUUGACUGCCCCUUACCUGUACGUACUCGGAGUGGUGGAGGUUGUGAUGCGUUAUCUGGAGCAGAAUUCCGUGUUUGAACCACCGACACAGGAUCACAUCAACUGUCCAAAGUACUGGUGGCGUAACAUUCUGUACAUCAACACCCUUUUCCCAGUGGAGCAGAUGUGUAUGCUGUGGAGUUGGUACUUGGCGGAUGACACCCAGUUCUACAUCAUCGGUGCCCUGAUACUGAUCAUUGCCGUUCGACACUUUAAGUUUGCCGCCACGAUGAUGUCCGUGUUUAUGGUAUCGGCCUGGGCGACUACGGCCUACAUCGCCUUCUCCAACAACCACAUGCCCGAUGCAGAUGAUCCGUUUGCUCUGUUUGACAAGAUCUACGACAAACCCUGGACGCGUCUGGGACCGUACCUAGUCGGCAUGAGUGUUGGGUGGAUUCUGUUCAAAACGAACUGCAAGAUCAAGAUGUCUUUGCUCACCGUUAUCUCAGGUUGGGUGACUUCCACGAUGAUGAUGCUGUAUCUGCUGUUCGGUCUGUACAACACGACACUCACACAGACGGCGGCUGCGGCGUACAGUUCGCUCAGCCAUACCGGCUGGGCGAUCGGUUGUGGCUGGGUCAUCGUUGCCUGCUCGUCAGGCUAUGGUGGAUGGGUCAAUAAGCUGCUGUCCACUCCGAUUCUGUAUCCGUUCUCGCGUGUCACAUACUGCGCCUACCUGGUGCAUCCAAUCAUCAACCGAAUAUUCGCCCUCGAGUCUGACUCUCCCAUCCACAUGACGCCAAAUGCGCUGGCCACCGUCUACCUGGGCCAGGUGGUAUCGUCCUACGUGCUUGCAUUUAUCAUCUCGCUCUCGUUCGAGGCGCCCGUCGUAACGAUGCUGAAAAUACUCUCGCCGAACCGCAAAAAACGCAUCUAAGCGUGAUGACGCAAUCAUCCCUCAAACCAAAACUCACCAUUCCCUCCCUCUGCCCCUCCAAUCGUUCGCGUUGGCCGCGUCCCACGAGGACUAGCUGCCUGCUGCUUUGGUUUAUCUGUGUUCGGUUUGUGGCUCCGUACCGCAGUAUCUGCUAGCCUAUUGGUGUGAUUUUUCCGCUUAUUUGUGUGAGCAUAUCUCUGCGUGUGUGCAUGCGUGUGUUUGUGCGUGGAAGGAACGCUGAGCUUCAGUUGAUACAUCUACCAUUUCGGGGAGGAGGCGGAUAGACGACAGGCGCGCCCUGGCUCAUCCCCUGCAACAAAGACAGAGAUAACGAGAACGAGAGGGACAAACCGUAUACAUUUACUAUACAAUAACUACUAGCAAGGGUGAUUUCUGUUCUGCAUGCCUAUGGCAGGCAUGGUUCAUAGUAGGACUAGUUGGAUAAGUAUAAUAUAGAGAUAUACCGUAUGAAAACUGUGCUCAGUAAGUGUUUUGUUACAGUAACUUAGACUGAUCGUGACCGAUAGGCGAUGUGUAAAAUGUAAAUAUAUUUUGGGUGUGAAAACAUAUUUAACAAAAUGA